GACAUGGCUCUGGCUCGACGCUGCUGGUUUCCUCAGCGCUGUGGCGUCGGGCCUCGGGCCCGCCCGUUCUUGAGGCCCCUCUGGUUGCUCCUAGCAGUGGGUGUCUUUGGCUGGGCUGGAGCUUCGGACGGCGCCGGCGGAACGACGAGAGCCAUGGACGAAGAGAUUGUGUCGGAGAAGCAAGCAGAAGAGAGCCACCGGCAGGACAGUGCUAACCUACUCAUCUUCAUCCUGCUGCUCACCCUCACCAUUCUGACGAUCUGGCUCUUCAAGCACCGCCGGGCCCGCUUCCUGCAUGAAACUGGCCUGGCUAUGAUUUAUGGUCUUUUGAUGGGUCUUGUACUUCGGUAUGGCAUUCAUGUUCCAAGUGAUGUAAACAAUGUGACUCUCAGCUGUGAAGUGCAGUCCAGUCCAACUACUUUGUUGGUAAACGUUAGUGGAAAAUUUUAUGAGUACACGCUGAAAGGAGAGAUUAGUUCACAUGAACUCAAUAAUGUUCAAGAUAAUGAAAUGCUUAGAAAGGUUACUUUUGAUCCAGAAGUGUUUUUCAAUAUAUUACUUCCUCCUAUCAUAUUUUAUGCAGGUUAUAGUCUGAAAAGGCGGCAUUUUUUCCGGAACCUUGGGUCUAUCUUAGCAUAUGCUUUUCUUGGAACAGCAAUUUCUUGUUUUGUUAUUGGGUCCAUAAUGUAUGGCUGUGUAAUGCUGAUGAAAGUAACUGGACAACUCGCCCGAGAUUUUUACUUUACAGAUUGCCUGCUGUUUGGUGCCAUUGUAUCAGCAACUGACCCAGUGACUGUUCUUGCCAUAUUUCACGAGCUUCAAGUUGAUGUUGAACUCUAUGCACUUCUUUUUGGUGAAAGUGUCCUCAAUGAUGCUGUUGCAAUAGUGCUGUCUUCCUCAAUAGUGGCGUACCAGCCUGCUGGAGACAACAGUCACACCUUUGAUGUUACAGCUAUGUUCAAGUCGAUCGGGAUCUUCCUUGGGAUCUUCAGUGGAUCUUUUGCGAUGGGUGCUGCUACUGGAGUGGUGACUGCUUUAGUGACAAAGUUCACUAAAUUGCGGGAGUUCCAGUUGCUGGAGACGGGCUUGUUCUUCUUGAUGUCCUGGAGUACCUUCCUCUUGGCUGAAGCUUGGGGUUUCACAGGUGUGGUUGCAGUAUUGUUUUGUGGUAUCACACAAGCACAUUAUACAUACAAUAAUUUGUCCACAGAAUCUCAGCACCGAACAAAACAGUUGUUCGAGCUUCUCAAUUUCCUGGCAGAGAAUUUCAUCUUUUCCUACAUGGGGCUCACACUAUUUACUUUCCAGAACCAUGUCUUUAUCCCAACAUUUGUGGUAGGAGCAUUUAUUGCUAUUUUCCUGGGAAGAGCUGCCAAUAUUUACCCCUUGUCUCUGUUACUUAAUUUGGGUAGAAGAAGUAAGAUUGGAUCAAAUUUUCAACAUAUGAUGAUGUUUGCUGGCCUUCGUGGUGCAAUGGCAUUUGCUUUGGCCAUUCGAGACACUGCCACUUAUGCACGGCAAAUGAUGUUCAGCACCACACUUCUGAUUGUGUUUUUUACUGUGUGGGUAUUUGGUGGCGGUACCACGGCCAUGUUGUCAUGCCUGCAUAUAAGGGUUGGUGUUGACUCAGACCAAGAACAUUUGGGUAUUCCUGAAAAUGAAAGGAGAACUACCAAAGCAGAGAGUGCUUGGCUCUUCCGGAUAUGGUACAACUUUGAUCAUAAUACCAGAGUUUUCUUAACUCAGGAAUUUGGACUUUCUAGCCAGAUACUCUACCAUAACCAGGAGCAAUUGAAAGAUGAUGACUCUGAUCUUAUUCUCAACGACGGUGAUAUCAGUUUGACAUAUGGAGAUUCUACUGUGAGCACUGAAUCAGCAGCCUCCAGUAUCCCAAGGAGAUUUAUGGGCAACAGUUCUGAGGAUCCCUUAGAUCGGGAGCUUACCUUUGGGGACCACGAACUGGUCAUUCGUGGGACACGCCUGGUUCUUCCUAUGGAUGAUUCUGAACCCGCUUUAAAUUCAUUAGAUGAUACAAGACACAGCCCAGCCUAAGCUUAUGAAUACUCACUUAGUGGUUUGUAAAAUUUGCACAUGUGAUUGUGAAGAAAUUUGUACUACCUAAAAAGUCCUAGUGCAUGUCUCUGAAUGUGUGAGCUAUAUAAAUGUCAUUUAUAUGGCAUAAGAAGAAUAUAACUAUUCCUGUACAAGGCAGAUUGUGAACAAACUAUUCUUUUUAAGUUUUGCUGGCUGCGCUGUGUAGGCUGGAUCUGUUUUAGGAAGUUACUUUCACAGUGAUGUGUGUUCUGUUAGUUUUAUGUCUCAGUUAAAGUAUAAAAAGUGAAUGACUUAACUCUUCUUAUAGUUACCUGACACUUAACCAGAGUACCAAGUUCUUGUGAUGUGAAUUAAUUUGUGUGUGUGUGUGUGUGUGUGUGUGUGUGUGUGUGUGUGUGUGUGUGUGUGUGUGUGUGUGGUGGGGGGAGAGAGGGAAGAGAGGGAAGAAGGAGCAUCAUUUCCUAGGGAACCCAGAUGUGGAGAGGUUCCUUUGUCAGGACUCUUGAUUGCUACCGCCUUUGCCAUCAUCUUCUUCUUCCCCUUUUCUCUGGUGGCCCAUAAUGGCACAUGGAGCCAGUGGCAUUUUCGUUUUGCCCUAUUCAGGUUGAGGAGUUUAGUGUGGGCUGUUUUCCCCCAUGAUGUAAAAGGACAGAUUCAUUAACUCCAGCACUCUGCUGUCCAAAAGAAGGUGGCAAACGACCUCCAAGAACUUAACUGUUUUCCUUCCAGCCUAAGACUAUAGGCAUUACAUCCAGCUGGCUUAGCCAAAGUACAGGUGUAUAUAGUUCAGAGAGCUUGAUUUAGCUUUGGAGGAGCCGGGACAAAAAGGAAAAGGGUCAGAGGAAAAAAAAGGGAGUAAAGAGGAUGAUGGGGUCAGAGGUCUCUCUUCCCAAAAAUGUAAAUAUUCUACACCAUAUGAGUUUAAAUAAGAAAGUUAAUUGCUGCUUACGUUUUGAUUAUGUCCUUUAUCUGUAUAGGAAGCUUUGUUGUCAGAAGUUUUUAUAUCAAUUUAAAUUGCUGCUCUUUAGCAGCCAAACAGGAGCAAAAUGUAAAAUUUAUAAACUUACUGUGUCUAAUGAUCAUUUAUUAGUCUGUAGUUGAUGUUAAAAGUUAAUUUAUGAAUCCAUGAUUGUCCCAUACUACACCAAAGGCAGUGGUAAGACACUGAGUGCUCCAGAGUGUUUGUUGUAAGGUGGCUCCUUUGUGUGCAGUGGGCAUCUCAUCUUCAUUACCACGUUCCCCUUUACAGUUCAAUACCUAAGCUGCCAUUUGGUUGUUUUACAGUUUUCAAGGAAGAGCACAGAGCAGUUUCCCAUUUCGUAUCCAUAAUAAGAAAAUGGAUUCUAUUUUAUAAUGCUGAAAAUAUUUAAAGCUUGGAAAGGGAAUAUUUUCUGAUCUGGAUGCUGACCUGUUAGUGAUUCAGAAUUUAAAUAGGUAACUUUAAAUAGAAGUUAAAUAGGUUCUUCCCACAUACAUACACCCAGGUCUGAGUAGCUUUGCCUUAAGUCUUACCCAAUUAGAAAAUUGUUUUAUUUAUAUGAUUUUCCAGUUUUCCAUUGAAAAAUAUCCUUUCAGACAAAAGACACAUGUACUCUCCAAAAAGAUUCUGUGCUUUUAUAAACACUCCUUUAAGGGAAUUGUAAUGUUGAUGCAUAGUAGUAGCCUUGAAUGUUGGCAUAGCCAUUUGUUAGGUAGUGGUAGCAACUUUCCUGCUAUGCAGGAAUUCCUCCUGUGAAGUGUAUGUUUUCUAUGACAUGUGCCUCUUGAUGAAGUAAAUAAUUUCUUGUUAAUGUUUGAGGGGGUUUUGAAUGUCAACAUCACUUAUCCACAAGGUUCUUCAAGUUGUAAAAGGUUAUAUAAUAAUUUAACUAUUACCUUUUUUAUUCUGUCAAGUUAGUGAGCUCACUUUAUGACAAAUGGCUGUAAAUACUUAGCAUGACAAAUUCUGUAACUCAUCUAUUUCAGCAUGUGUAAGACCUUUCAUUAGGGAAACUGAUACAGCUUGAGUCCACUAAAUCUGCCUUUGGUACUUUCUCAAUGGGGAAUGAAGCCUGCUGUGCUUCCAUUAGCAUCUGGGACUUUUCCUCUCCUCUAGUCCAUGCAUACAUCUCCAUGCAGUGAAGAAAAAACCAUGUCUGCUCAGACACCCAUUGCACUGAGGCACCUAUCUGAGUAAACUUUGAUGAAGUACAGUCUGAGUUACCAUCAUGCACAAGUAGAAUUAUUCUUGGACCUGUUUUUCUGUUGUUCGUGGAACCUACACGUUUGAUUGACUUGAAUGUUGCAUCUUUUAAAGUUGUUUUUAAAGGUCUUUUGCAUUUAUCCUAGUUGUCCGUGUUUGGCAAUGUGCUGUUAAAGUAAUAGACUUUUAAUCUUUAUGUAUUUUUUGUUUUCUCUUAUAGUACUUGGGCAGAUGUUAUAGUGGUUUCUUUUAGGCAAAUCCAUCAUUAAAAAUAUAGCCUUGCAAAUAA